CUACCGGUGGCUCUCGAACUAAUACGUCCCAACCACCUUUCAAUUCAAAAGCUUCAAAGGUCACCUUCACGUCCCUGCUCGUAAACGUUUCGAAAUCAGCGGGCGAUUAAAUAAACAACCUUUUAAUUAUUUAUUUAUAGCGAGCGCUGUUAACUCCAGAGAAAUAAUGGCAGAAAGGGUUACCCACAAGUUUAUCGAAAGGGGCGCGCAUAAAGGAAAGGGAAUUGCGGUCUUCACGAGCGGCGGAGACUCACAGGGCAUGAAUGCCGCCGUUCGUGCGGUCGUACGAAUGUCCAUUUACUUGGGCUGCAAAGUGUACUUUAUAAAGGAGGGAUACCAAGGCAUGGUGGACGGCGGCGCUAACAUUGUCGAGGCGGUCUGGUCGUCGGUCAGUAGUAUCAUACACUUGGGCGGUACCACCAUCGGAUCGGCUCGAUGUAAGGAUUUCAGGGAACGAGCGGGCCGGUUGAAGGCCGCCAAGAACCUCAUCGGUCGAGGAAUUACCAAUUUGGUCGUAAUCGGCGGCGACGGUAGUCUUACCGGGGCUAAUCUGUUCAGGCAGGAAUGGGGGUCCCUACUCGAUGAGUUGCUCAAAAAUGGGGAAAUUACCGCCGAGCAGAGAAAUAAGUACAAGAUUCUCAAUAUAGCCGGACUGGUCGGGUCAAUUGAUAAUGAUUUUUGUGGUACGGAUAUGACAAUUGGAACGGAUAGCGCUUUGCACCGGAUCAUUGAAGCGACGGACGCCAUAAUUUCGACUGCCUACUCCCACCAGCGCACGUUCAUCAUGGAAGUGAUGGGACGCCAUUGCGGUUACUUAGCUUUGGUGGCGGCACUUGCUAGCGAAGCUGACUACGUCUUCAUACCAGAGGAUCCCGCUCCUCUUAAUUGGCAAGAGAAACUAUGUACCAAGCUGUAUCAGGAGCGGAUGGCCGGCCAACGUCUAAACAUCAUAAUCGUAGCGGAAGGCGCGAUCGACCGUCACGGCGAGCCGAUCACCGCCGGGCAGGUGAAGAAGGUGAUCGAGGACAAUCUGCAACAGGACACUCGCAUCACGGUCCUCGGACACGUGCAGCGCGGAGGCAGCCCCUCCGCCUUCGACCGAAUCCUGGGAUGUCGCAUGGGCGCCGAAGCUGUCAUGGCCCUAAUGGAAGCCGACGAGAAUACGGAACCGUGCGUGAUUUCUCUCGACGGCAAUCAGGCGAUACGGCUUCCGCUGAUGGACUGUGUGAAACGCACGCAGGCGGUCGCUAAGGCAAUGGCCGAUAAGCAGUGGGAGGACGCCGUCGAGCUCAGGGGGAAAUCCUUCAAGCGAAACUUGGAAACCUACAAACUAUUGACGAGGCUGAAGCCCCCCAAGUCUUCGUUUAACGACUCUGGCGAUUUAAAGAAUGACCUGCACAAGCAAGACUCGCUUUGGUGCUCGGAGGGUUACGUUCUCGCCGUAAUGCACAUCGGCGCGCCCGCUUGUGGAAUGAACGCCGCCGUGCGUUCCUUCGUACGUAACGCCAUCUAUCGGGGGGACAUGGUGUUGGGAAUUCACGACGGUGUUGAAGGACUAAUUAACGGCAAUGUUAAACCUAUGGGUUGGUCUGACGUCACCGGUUGGGUGGGAGCCGGCGGAGCGUUUCUGGGCACGAAGCGCACUUUGCCCGGGACGCGAAUCGAUCAGGUCGCGAAAAAGCUGACCGAGUUUGGUAUUCAGGGGCUUCUCAUUAUCGGCGGGUUUGAGGCGUUCCAGGCGGCUAUUCAAAUGGUGCACGAACGCCCCAAGUACCCGGCCUUCCAGAUCCCGAUCGUGGUCAUUCCGAGCACGAUUAGCAACAACGUGCCCGGCACCGAGUUCUCCCUGGGCUGCGAUACGGCCCUGAACGAGAUCACGGAAAUAUGCGAUCGUAUCAGGCAGUCGGCUCAAGGCACGAAGCGGCGCGUUUUCAUCAUCGAAACCAUGGGCGGAUUCUGCGGGUACUUGGCGACUCUCGCCGGACUGGCCGGCGGCGCCGACGCGGCCUACAUCUUUGAGGAGAAGUUCUCCAUCAAGGACCUGCAGCAGGACGUCUACCACAUGGCGUCGAAAAUGUCCGACGGCGUUCAGCGCGGCCUCAUACUGCGCAACGAGAAGGCCUGCGAGAAUUACAACACCGAAUUUAUCUACCGCCUCUACUCGGAGGAGGGGAAGGGACUGUUCAGCGCCAGGAUGAACGUUUUAGGUCACAUGCAGCAGGGAGGUUCGCCGACGCCGUUCGAUCGAAACAUGGGUACGAAAAUGGCGGCGAAAAGCGUCGAAUGGAUGGUUAACAUCCUGAAGGACAACGUGGCGGAGAACGGCAAAAUUAGCUGUACGUCGGACGAUAGCGCCGUUUUGCUCGGAAUCGUUAGGCGUCAGUAUCGGCUCACACCUUUAACCGAGCUGGUUCCGCAAACUAACUUUGAACAUAGGAUCCCAAAGGAGCAGUGGUGGUUAAAACUGCGCCCGCUCCUUAGAAUCUUGGCGAAACAUGAUUCGACAUACGAAGAGGAGGGAAUGUAUAUGACCGUUGAGGAUAGAAUACUAGACGAUGAGCAACUAUAAGAUGUUUACACAUGGUUUUGUGCGAAUGGUCGCAUUUUAGUAUUAUUUUUCGUUUAAGAAACGAAUUGCAACAUAGCUCUUUUAGAUAGCGCUUUUUAUGUCAGAAGUGACCGAAAGUAUCCCAUCCCCAUUCAAUUGUGUUAUUUAUACAGCAGCAAUACUAUAUUUUGACUGAUUUUGGAUUGUUGAAUUGUUCUUAAAUUUACUGUAACAGUAUUUUUUUAGGUUAUAGGUUAACUUAUAAAGUGAGACUCAUUUAUGAUUGUUAAUCCUUUCAAGAGUAACUUUAUUUAGAUUUGUAAGUGUUAAUGAUUUAAGUGUGAUUGUUGUCGUAGGCCAAUAAAGCCACAAAAGUUCUACUAG